GAUUCGAGCUGCAGGGAAAACUACAGAACUUGAGAAAAAAAAUAACAAUUGAAGUGGUACCAGCUUUCUGGUCUGAGCUGACCGGUCAGGCUUCUCAUCAAUAUUCACAAAUUUCAGCUGAGUUUAUCCACAUCUCUUUGGACCAUGUUUCCUGAUUAUGUGUAUUUGAGAUUAGAGCAUGCAGUCAAUCCAGACAGGGUUGAGGGACCCCUGCCCCCCAUGUAAACAUGCCUCGCCCCUACCUGCGCCCCCUCCUUCCAGUUCACGCCAUGCCCAUGUGACCACAGCCACCCCAGCCAAGAGGAUAACAUUUUACAAGAGUGGCGACAGCCAGUUUGGGGGUGUCCGGAUGGCCAUCCACAAGCGCAGCUUCAAAUGCUUUGAUGCCCUGCUGGACGACCUUUCUCAAAAGGUGCCCCUCCCAUUUGGAGUGCGGACUGUGACCACUCCCCGAGGCACACACACCAUCAAGCACCUGGAGCAGCUCCAAGAUGGUGGCUGCUACCUGUGCUCUGACCGGCGUCUGGCAAAGCCUAUUAACAUGGAGCUGGCCGGCAAACGCCAAGGCAUCUGGUACCAUCAGAGCCGGAAGCCUCAGCGGCCUGAAACCUCCUCUGGAACCCCUCCUGGGCAUUUGCAUUUGCUUCACAGGCAGAGGAGGAUUUUGCUGGUGAAGAACACUGAGCCGGGGAUGAGGAGGAGCAUUGUGCUGAGCAGAAGUUCAACUAGAAGCCUAAGAGCUUUCCUAGAUGAAGUGUCCGAGGUGAUGCAGUUUCACGUUCGCAAGCUCUACACUGCCGAAGGACGCAGGAUUGACAGCGUGCAAAGCUUGAUGACUUGUCCUGUCGUGUUGGUGUGUGUUGGCCGGGAAGCCUUCAGCCCUAUGCUCAUAAACUUUAUUAGGAAGACUUCAGAGGAAAAGCUACCUGGUCUGGGGAGCAAGUCUCCUGGUCCUGGUCCAAGGAUUCCUGGUAACGGUGCCAGAUCUCCUGCAACCCAAGGCAUAAGGUCCCCACCUCAUGGAGCUCAGUCCAGAGCCAGUGAAUAUGAUGAAGGAAAUGAAACCAAGAAAAAUGUUAACUUUGGUCUGGAAACCAAGAAGAGCAUCAUCCACCCUCGAUCAGGUUCUUCAAGUCGCUCUGCUCGUUUCUCUUUGUCUUCUGAAAAAUCAUAUGGUGGCUUCUCCCAAACAAGACCGGCUAUAACGAAUGAUGACAUUGAAAAGCGUGUUCUUGUCAAUAAAGAUGGAAGCCUAUCAAUAGAGAUGAGGGUACGUUUUCGUCUCCAAAAUGAAGAGACUAUUCAUUGGUCUACUCAAAUAAAAAAAUCACCCUCUCUUACCAAUGAUUGCUGCCCCCUGAGCCAGGCCCAACCACAUUACCUGCAGCAAGGUGCCUCAGAAAGCUGUUCUGAUCCCGAUUCACCAUCCUAUGAGGGCGUGGAUUAUUCCAGCCAAGCUCUGCAGUGUGCAUUGGAGGGGAACCAAUGCACGUGUUGCUAUCAGAAACAUGAACGGCAGUUUGAUUUGUGGGAAAACCCCACACACAAACAUCUCCCUGCCCCACCUGCGCAUAAAUCAAGUCACACUAUGGUGAGACAUACACACUCAUCAAGCUCUUCUUCUUCAUGCAAUUCCAGAAGGGUGAUUCGGUGCCGAGCACAGCUCUCCAGGUCUCCACAUGGCUCUGGCUCAGAGCAGAGUCAGUUAUUCCAGAAAGAGAUGUGUCUGACAGAGCAGGUGGAGGAAAGAGUAGAGGUAGCACAGGACGGGGACACUCAGGUAGAGGUCUGCAAAGUUAGCCGAUGCUGCAGUCGGACAGAGGUGGUUUCCAUUGAUACCAACCUUCGACCACAUAGUGAAAAGUCAGUGGAGGGCGAGGUAACGAUGGGGGAAGAUGAAAACCGACCACUGUCUGCAGUCAGCAGCUCCUCUCACAUUCUGCAAUCACUGAAAGAGGACCAGGAUGAUGAGGAGGAUGAUCUGCCACCCAGUGCUUCCCAGUGCUCCCAUAGAAUUGAACAAUCCCCCACCCCUACCCCAGCAACUCACUUGGGUGAAGAACCUACAAGCAACAUCUCAGCCUGUUCAACCCAGUCGUUUGAAGGCAAGGAAAAAGAUGAGAACAGAGGAAGCAGGGCUGUGUCUUCAGCCACAUCCCAUCACUGUGGCGCAACCAACCCUCACUCAACAGGUAAAGCAGAAGAGAUGGAUCGAGUCCCCAGUUCUAUGUCCCAAGAAGCCAAGAACCAAAAAUCUGAGGAAGAAGGGACAGCUGCAAUUGACAAUGAAGAAAUCAACAGGUGUCGUAGUGGCUUAUCCCAUAAUACAGGACUUUCAGGGAGUUAUCAGAAAUCAUGGGCAUCCAAUAUUUGCCCAAACUGUGGAGGUUGCAAACGUGCAAACAGUGCAAUGUCAGCUCAGACUGACUUGUCUGCUGAGUCCAACAAGUCCAAGUACACUGCUGAAGCUCUAUUAAUAAAGUCAGCAUUGGAAAAAGAGGGACAGAACACUGCAGCAAGAACAGCCAGCUCCUUGUCAAACAAAUCUGGUGCCUCAGUCAAGUCCCAUAAAUCCAUCUGUCUGUCAGUUACUAAAGAGGUGUCCUUAUCAAACAAAACAGUUGUGGAAGAAGAUGACACAGACAAAAGAGCUCACAGUAGCCUCUCUGUUAAGUCAAAUGUCACUGACAAGUCCGGAAAGGCCAAAAGUGUCCUGUCGAAUAAGUCAGAUAAAUCAAAGGUUUCAGCAAAAUCUGACUUAUCUUGCAAGCAAUGUGCAAAAGCGCUAACCCCAGAUAACAAGGAGGAAGAUGAACUUAAUGGCAUAAGAAAAAAGAGGGAAGGAUCUGGAGUGGAGGACAGAACAGCAAGUGCAAUGUCAGCAAAAUCAAAUCUGUCUUCUAAGUCUAACAAGUCCCAUAGGUUCACUAAAGCUUCAGAAAAAUCAGUUUCUCCCAGGUCAGAAACUGGGGAGGAUGCAGAAGAAAGUGCAACCAGUCAAAUGUCUUGCAGAUUACCUUUUAAGCCAACAAAAUCCUGCAAGUGUAAUGAUAAUGGAAAAGCACUGUCUCCAGACUUAAAGGUGGGAGACAAUGCAGAGGAAUUGCCCAGGCAAGAAAUUAUAAUGGCAGAUGAUCCAGAAUAUGACAAGAGGUCAAGCGGUGCCAAGUCCCGUAAAUCAGCUUCCUCUGCAAAAUCUCACAAUGCAACUGAAGAAUUUGACAGAUCCCCGAGUGUCACUUCAGAAAGAUCACACACCUCUGCCAAGUCCACCAAGUUGAAGAGGUCAAACCACCCAGAAGAGUGUCAGAAUGACCCUGAUCUUACUUUGACUGAAACAAAUGGGGAGAAUGAAUUUGAACAUUGUGAGGACCUAGAGAGUGCUAAAUCUAUAAAAUCAAAAUCUUCAGUGAAGUCCGGUGCUAUUAGCAUGACUCCCUUAACUACAAAUGCUGUCAUCAUUAAAACACCAGAAGGAGAUGACGAAGAUAGAAAUGAGGUCAAAGGAGAACCUUGCUCUGAUAUCCUUUGUAUUGAAACAUCACAAGCCUGUGAAGAGGUGGAUAAUUAUAUAAUAAGAGGUACAUUUUCUAUAGACCCUCAUGGCCAAACACUCUCACCAAAAAGAAAACCUUCAUCCCGCUCACAUUCUGCCUCCUCAAGAGAUUCUCAGUCCCCUGUGCAAAAGGUUUUGCCUAGCUCCGGUGCUGGUGAGCAAAGAGGGCCCAGUUCCUUGUCUGUUCACUCCAAAACCUCUUGUAAAGUAAGCAGAUCCAGGUGUUGUUUUAGAACAGCCUCAGCACUUGAGAUGGAAAAUAAAGAAGAAGACAGGAAAAGUGAGGAAGCUCUGUCUUGCUCAAUAAAAAGACAGAGGAAAGAAUCGGGAUGCAUGGAUCAACCUUUGAGUCGUAACUCAUCGGGAUCGAUAUCUUUAGGGCUGCCAGAGGAUCAGGAAACUGCUGAAUCAGACAGUGGCAAAUCUAGUGUCUCUUUUUGCAACACUAAGAGGAAAAGUCCUUUCCUCCCCAAUUCUCCUGUGGUUGAUAUCCCAACUAUCGAAACCCCCAGAGGAGGUGAAGAAGACAACAAAGAGAGUGGGGAACAACCCACAGAAAGAGCAGCCAGCACAAUGACAGUCAAAAUCAGCGGGUCUCAUACAUCCUGUUGUAACUGUAGUGUCAAAUCGGCAGCUCAGUCUAAAGAGAAAAGCGCCAGUUCUUAUCCCACAAAAGUAGAUGAUACAGAAAGCGUGAAGUCUGCUGAAACAACAAAUGCUAGCAAAAUGGACACCCCAAACAGUAGGAGCUCAUCUGCAAUGUCAGGCCCGAAAGUUCGUGCAAAGUCCCCUUCUGGUUUUUCUUCAAAUACUGAUGCUGAAAAUCACAAUACCAGUAGACCACAAAGCAAGACCAAAGAAAAGGAAUACAUCAUAAGUGUCCACUCCAAAAGUCCCUGUGAUCUUAGGCCCGAGUCAACAGCUUCGGUGCAAUCAGACACACAAAAAGCUUCAGAUGAGAGAAUAGUAGCUAUGGAUUCAGUCAAAUCAGGAGUUCACAAGUCCCACACAGGGAGCGAGUAUGGCAGGGCCAAAGUUUCCAGUUCUGGGCAAAAAGAAACCUCUGUCAAAUCAUCAAGUCCUUGUUCCUUACACGGCCCCAGACCGGCUAGUAAAGUUGAGCCAGGUAGCGAAAGCACCCUGUCCCACUCUCUGUCUGCUGCUGAUCUACUAAAGGAAACCUUGGCUGCUGCACGCCAGCAGAGCUGCCAGUCAAAAGCCAGUAAAACCAGUAACAAGCCCCACAGCGAGAAAAGUGGGGGGUCUCAAAGAAACAGAAAUCGUAAGGAUCGGGAAAACGUGGUCGAACUGACACCUGAGUGUUUGCCCAAUGCAUCUGCCAAUGAGCUUGUUAGUGACUGGCUGAGGAGCAUUCCUGCUAAUAGUAGCAUGCUCACAGUUGGUAAUGAGCUAAAUGAGGGAGAAACUGAACAGGAGGCAAAGGAGAUGGCAGAGACACCAACAGAGGAGACAGGGACAAAGGAGAUGAGUCCUGAGGCCGAGAAGGUGGAAAUAGGGGAGAAAAUCGAACCACAAGAGGAAGAAAAAAAGGAAGAAGCUAAAGGUGAUGGAGCCGGCCCAAGGUUAGGUGAUACAACAGAGAGUUCUUCUCGUUCCAGGAACUGGCAUUCUUCUGCAGCAGUGAUGAAAGUCCUUUUAAGCUCUUCUCUGGGUCGAUGUUGGAGCAUGCCUGAGGUGUCUCCAGUUUAUGGCCGCAGACUGAGCACAUCAGCCAGGGGGCUUUUGGACUGUUUGGCCCAGCUCCAGCUCAUUGAGCCUGCAAUCAGCAGUCAUGAACAGAAGGACCGCAAGCAGCAGUAUGAUGAGAUAAUGGCCAUUCUUCAGUCCCUGUGGCUCACUGAACCACGGGACAUUGAGGUCAAGGAGACUAAAGACAGUGGCACAGAGCAGGUGACACCACCAAGGUCCUCAUCUGGGGUGGGUAUGAGCAGCGGCUCAGGUGGAUCAGGGAAGAGCAAUGGGAACCAAGAUGAACCACCAGUAAAAGAAACAGAAUCCCUACAUGAGGAAGAGACAGUGGGAAAGGUUGUUGAUGAAGAGCAUGGAAAUGCAGCAGCCAGAGAUACAGAAGUUGAGACAGAUGUUGAGGAGACAAACAAAACCGAAUCAGCAGAGGAACCGAUGAAGAGUGAAGAGCAAAGUACUCUUCCUCUCGACAGCUCAAAAGCCACUGACAACCCUUCAUCAUCAGAAAAGAGCUCUGGCAACAACAGCUCUAAAUCGCCCACAGAUAACGAAAGAGAUACACAAGAGGACUCUAGCUCAGGCACCCCUCCCACUGCUACGCGACCGCUCUUAUCCAAAAGAUUAUCCCAAGACCCUGAUCCGCUGUGGGUACUACACCUUCUGAAGAAGCUAGAGAAACAGUUCAUUAGCCACUACAUUGAGGCCAUGGCAGAGUUUAAAGUUCGCUGGGACCUGGACGACAGCCUCAUCCUGGACAAAAUGAUUUCUGAGCUGAGGGAGGAGGUGAGCCGACGCAUCCAGAAUAGCAUCGAGCGGGAGAUGAGGAAGAUUCAAAGUCGAGCUGGGAAAGUGGGGCGGUCACCUCGGCCACCACAGUUAGCAAACAUGUCUCGGGAUUCUACCAUGACUGAGAAGAGGCGUCGAAUACUGAAGGUGAUGAAGAACCAAUCAAUAAAAACCGGCGACUCUCUCACCGACGAGGAAAUGACAGGUGAUUUCAGUGACCAGCGAAGCGACGAUGAGUACUGCCCCUGCGAGACUUGUGUCCGCAAGAAAAUGGCAGCUCAACCUUUUAAGAAGAAUCUGCUGGCAGCCGAAGCUCCCAUAAUGAUGGAAUUUGACCUCCUUAAGAUACUUCAGCUCAAGAAAUGCCCAUUGCCUCCUCCUACUGUGCCACAACCUGCUGAGGAAAGGACAGCUGCAGAUGAAGAAGAGAGAAAUUUAGAGGUAGUCAAAGAAGAAGAGGAAGAAGAAACCAAAGAGGAUAUCAAAGCUGAUGUUGUUUUAGAGGAGACUAUUCCAGAGGAAGAUGAGGAGGAAGACCAGGAAAAAGAGAGAGGAAAAAUAGAACAGGAAAAAGAGAAGAUUAGUAUUGAAGAAGAGGAUCUGGAAGCAGGAGAAACAAGUGGAGAUGUCACUGAGCAAGAUGAGACAUCUGACAAUGGCGAUGAGGAGGAUAAAGAACAAUCCACUUGUCAGUCUGAGAGCAACAACGAAGAAGAGGGCAAGGCAGAGGAAACGAGCAGCUGCACGGAUGAUGAAGGAGAGACAGAAGAAGAUGAGAAGGGGCAACAUGAAGAGACAGGAACAGGAGAAGAGGAGGAGGAGGAGGAGGAAGAGAGUGACACAACAGUGAAGGAGGCAACAACAGGUGAGGAGGAGAAAGAAUCGGAGGAUGACACAUCUGUGACAAAAGAAGAAGUGACACUGGUGGAGGAGCUGAUGGAGGGAAACAUUAGCGCAUCGGCAGAGGAGGAAGAUGACGGCACAGGAGAGGAGGAGCCACAGGAAGAGGAAAAACAGGGAGAGAGUGAGAAGCAGGAAGGAGAGGCCUCUGAGGAGAGAGCUUCACCACAGAGCCAAGAUGCGAUUACCGCUGUAUGUGUGACGGAGGGAGAAGAAGCGGAUGCAGAAGAUUCAGACGACAGCAAACGUCACAGCGACACCAGUGCUGAAGAAUCUGCACCAGAGGAGGCUGGUGGCACUGGGGAAGAGGAGGUGAAAGGCAGCAGAGAAGAUGGAGAGGAAGAUGCAGUGGAGGAAUUUAAGCCUGAGCAAGAGAGCAAAGAGCAGGAGGCUGCCGAGAGCAAAAACGAGGAUGGGACUCUUCUCCACCAGUUCACCAGGACCUCGGUGGAGUCCCAGCCUGGCUCGAUGGAAGAGGUUGAAAUGGAUUUACCUUCAAAUUCUUAGGAUUAGAGAAGCUCCUAAAGUGUUUGACACCGCUAGGGUCAAACAGCCAAAAAACCAAGGAGAGUGAUAAGGAACUGGAUGAAGACUCAGAGAGCAGAAUGACAACUGGCUCUUUCAGGAACUACACUGGUUCAUUGCUCAAACAUUUGGUUUUAAGACUCCCUUGAGCACUUGAAGCACUUUAGAAGUCAUCACAGUGACUUGCCAAAGUAUUCAUACCCCUUGAAGUUUUUCACAUGAUGUCACCUUAGUGUGUCUUAUUGGGGUUUAAUAUGAGAGAUCAACACAAAAUGGUGCAUAAUUUUCAAAUGAUGGAAAAGAAAAAAUGGGUUUUAAUUUAAUUUGUUUUACAAAUAAAAUGAAAAGUGUGGUCCAUACUACGUAGAAAAAUCUGGAAUUAAUCAUCCAGGAUUAAAUACAGAUUCUUCAAACCAGUUUGGAAAUUAAUUUCCCGAAAUUCCCCCUUAAAAAAGGAAUUUCUAUGCUUUAUUUGGCAUCCAAACCAAACCAAGUUAAAUAAAUUUGGGUCCACUUUUAAACCCAGAAGCAAAGGGAUCUAAAUGCUAAGAAAUCGUUAAAUGGCCUUUUUUUUUAAGAGUGUGUUGUCUUUUAGUGAAACAAAAUGAAAACGAUCAAUAAGUUUGAAAAAAAAAGUCAAGUUAUGAUUUGCCAACUCGUAACAAUUGAGGGUCAUCCUAAUAUAUAUCAAUGUAAAAUUCCAUUUAGUUUUCCAUGUAUUAAUUUUUUUUCCUGAAAAAGUUAUUACUUUUUUAUAAGACAUUUUCAUCCGUUUUUCAUAGUUUGACAUUUUUACAAACAAAUAUUGAAAGCUAUGUAUUAUUUUCCUUGCACUACACAAUUAUUUGCAACGUUGUGUUGUUCUAUCUUACAAAAUCCUAAUAAAACACACAGAAUUUUGUGGCUGUAAGAUGAGAAAAUGUGAAAAGGUUUAAGAGGAAGUUUUUUGCAGCACACUGUAUGCACCAUGAUUGUGAGACCUAAAAACUUGAACUUAAAGAACUUUUCUUUCAGGAACCAUGUAACUUAUAUUUGUAACUAGUAUUAAUAUACACUACAAUGCCAAAAGUAUUUGUCAAUCUACUUUUAGGCGUUCAAAAAGGUUGAGGGCAGGACUCUGUACAAACCAGCCCAGUUUCUCCACACCUGCACCCAUGGAAGUGAUUGGAAAUCCAGAAUCCAUUGAGUUGGUGGUUUGACAUAAUACUUUUGGCAAUAUAGUGUAUUUUCAAUGUUAAGUUUCAAUGGUAAGUAUUAAGAAACAUGUUGAAAAUAGUAUUGAUAUUUGAAUUAGGCUAUGUGUUCAGUGAGCCACAGGUUCAAUGUGUAUCAUGUAGCCAAACCUGUUCUAAGUACCUCAGAUAUGUUUUUUCAUAACCUUUUUUAGUGGAGCUUGACAAAACCAUUUCCAUUUUGGUUUCUCUGUGUUGAGUUGUGUUUUUUGUCCUGUCUCAUGAAGUACAUGCUGUAUUUUCAGGGGUUCAGACAGCCGGCUUGCUUUAGACAGAUCAUCUCCUAGCUAUUACUUAACUCCCUAAAUCUGUACCCUGCUGGGAAGUCAGCUGUUUAAAUCUACAGCAACUAUGUGAUGUAAGUUGGUUACCUAAACGAAAUUGUUAUUUUGGGAACAUUGUUCUCUAGUUUCUGAUGUGCAUGACAUCAGUAUGAAGAUCUUUAAAUGCAUUUGAUGUCACAGAAACCUGAGACGCUGUGACUGAUCGAAGCCCUUCUACAAAAUUUUUAAAAGUUGUGCUUUUAGGGUAUUUCCUUUUAUUCAACUUAUCCCAGCCUGGGAUUCAGGCUUGCUCUUUAGGAUUUAAGGCAGAAGUUCUGCAUGUUUUCUAGACAGUGAGAUUUUACUGCGUGGUUUGACGAAAAGCCUCUUAUUUUAUGGAUUAGGUGAAUGGGGGUGUGUGCCUAUGCUGCUAUUGGCUCUAAUGGCUGUCCAUUAAUCUGAGUCACCACUAAUAAAACUAAACAUUGCGUACUUAAGAGUACACUGAUAAACAGUAUGAUUGUAAUGAUAAUGACCUUAAUAAAAAUAAAUAAACAAAUUAAACAUA